AAUUAUCCAGAGUCUGAAAGCAAUUCAAAUCAGGAAAAGAAGUUGAGAGAAUCGGUAAAUCGAUCGAAAUGUCAGGUUCACGAUUAGAGUACCAGAACUCCGGCAUGCUUUCAAGAGACCAGCUGCUUCAUCUCUUCGAUCGAUUUGCUUUUCUCACCUCUCAACCUGAUGUGAAAACACGGAUUGCAGGUGCAGUGAACAACGACAAUCAGGAAGCAGUUGCUGUCACCACUGCAAUACAGGAGGAAAUAUUUGUGGAAAUGGGGAUUGAUCCAAGAUUUGGGUUAGCUUGCUUGGGAAAAGUAAACAUGGUUUAUGAAAAUGACCAGGAUUUGAUGAUUCGAUUUUAUGGCUUUGUUUUCAGGGAAGAAUUGGCUUGUGAUGAAGCUGAGCUCGGACCUGAGAAUUUUAGUAAGAAAAUGGAAAUGCAACACAAGUUACAUGGACGGGAACUUGAGAUGCUAAAGUACAUGCGCAAAUUUCCUCAUGAUGAUCAAUCAGCUAUACUGGACAAGUUGCGUGAGCAGAUGGAGAUGGGCAACUUUGAAGAUGGGUCGUCGGUUUUGUCAGAGGAGGAUAUCCAAAAGGUAUUGUUGAAAUGAUAAAGAUCCAAGUAUAAAAACUCUUAUCUACUGUCAAAAUGGUGUAACAGUGUGCAAUUGGAGUUGUAGAAUAUCACACACCAUUUACUUUUAGCAAUUGUUUUCGGAUAAGAGUAAAGAUUGAUGAUAACAGGGUUAAAAGAGAGAAAUACAUUGAUUGAUUGAUU